CACUGCCCCAGCCACCAACACCGCUCGGCGCACCUAUUCAAACAAACACCCCCCAUCACCCAUCCCCCUCCUUGCGAUUCACGAACCAACUUCCAAUAAACCAUCAUCGCGAAAUACUUGAAUACUUGACGCCCUCGGCCCUCCCACCCACCCACAAACCACACGUCGUCCCCAUGUCCGCUCCGCGAUCCCGCCGCUCCGGCCUAAUCCUCCCUCUCGCGCUGACCGCCACCGUCGCCGCCGCCUCCUACGCGCUCUACUACUUCAUCUCUGACAGCGACACGCACGACACGAGCAACACCACGCACGUACACGAGAGCGACGCGGAGCUCAACCGCCGCACCGGGUCCCGCCGGCGCUCUGGCUCAGAGUCGGCCGGUAACUCCGCGUCGCGCAAGCAAUCGAUCGCGCUGGUCGUGCGGGAGUCCUCCGACCUCUCGGCGAUGCUGAAACAGCUGCCCAGCCCGCUGCCGCUCAGCCUCGCGGACGUGUUCGUGCUCAUCUACUCGCCGCAUAUCACGGCGCACCCCCUGAGCGAUAGCGACGCCGCCGCGUUCGAAAACAGAGGCGACGAGGGAAAGGUCUAUCGUCAGGCGCGGAAGAUGUUUCCGAAGGAGUCGCCGAGGGAGCUCGUCAUGCCCUACACCGAUGAGGCCAGUCUGGUGCCAAUGCUGAAACAGCUCGCGCCCAGGGGCGUCUACAUCGAGAGCUCGCUGGUGGGGCCCGAUGCGUCGGUGGUGAAAGAUGUGCUCGGGCGCGGGUGGGUCGGCGGCGUGGUCGUGUCGGUCGAGGAGCCGGCGGAGGGCCAGAGGAUCGCGGAUGCGGCCGGGAGGCUUCUGAAGAGGGUCAAGGUGCUCGAUGUUGCCAGGGUCGGCGAUGAUUGGACGGAGCGCGUCGGUUAGUGCGUAAUGGCGAUGAUGGAAAGGGAUGUAUUAUACACAUGGCGGUUUGCUUGUACGUGCGGGAGGAGCGUGUUAUGGAUUGGGUUUGCGAUGGCAUAGGGGUUACGUAACGAGGUUAUGACUACGAUGAGUGGGCUGGAUAUUAUACCAAUUAGUUUAGUUUAACUGCGUG